CCGCUGGUAUUUCCUGUCGCAGGCUCCAAGACAGCUGGACAGUUUGGAGAAGCUAACACUAGGCAGCCAGCGUGUGCCCCAACUCUCUGAUCAAUGAUACUGUUUUCAUUCUUUCCUGCCCUUUCCGCUUGUGCACCAGAGACACAAGCAGCAAUUGGAGCUGGGCACAUACAGAGAGAGACAGAAGGGAGGGGGUGGCAGUGAGAUCGAGGGAAAGCUGACUUUGCCGUGUCUGGGAGGAGAGACAUUCUCUGAGUGAGCAUUCCCGCGCCCCAGCAGCGGUUCCCCGUUCACCCACUCCGCCCCGAACCACCGACCAUGGCGUUCGCUCCGUGCCUAGGAUGUGUUUCUGCGAACUUUGGGCUGUCGGGGAGAAGUGCAGUUUAAAGCGGAGUUUGCAGCAGCCUGAGGCUUUCUUUCUGCGUUGGUCUCUGUGAGAUGCCUUCCAUGUUGCAAGAGAAAACUCAUGCGGUGAAGGAGGAUCAUGUCUUGAGGCGCAGGUUUUCACUGAGUACUGGAUUGGCAACUCCACAGAAAAUCGACCCCCGCAAGUUGACCCGAAACUCUUCCUUUGGAGGUUACAAUGAGAUUUGCCCUUUGACCCCAGGCCCUGAAAUGGAAAAGAAUGGAUUUUCGGCUCUUACUGACGAUGUCACUUCAACGCCCAUCUCCAGCAGUAAGUCUGAUUCCAAGCUAUACAACGGCUACAACAAAGACUGCGUAUCUCACAUCUCUAAACUCACCAAGAAAGAAUCCUUGAAGGUUCAGAAGAAAAAUUACAGACAGGAGAAGAAAAGGGCCAGCAAGGAGAUGCUCAGUGCUUUGAAGGAUCCUUCUGUAAUUGUGAUGGAGGAUUGGCUGAAGAUCCGAGGUACAUUAAAGAGCUGGACCAAAUUCUGGUGUGUGCUCAAACCUGGCGUUCUGCUCAUUUACAAAACACCCAACAUCGGCCAGUGGGUGGGGACCAUCCUUCUCAACACCUGUGAGCUCAUUGAAAGACCGUCCAAAAAAGAUGGCUUCUGUUUCAAACUUUUUCAUCCUCUGGACCAAUCCAUCUGGGCAGUGAAGGGUCCAAAAGGUGAGAACGUGGGAUCGAUAACACAGCCGCUGCCCAGUAGUUACCUGAUCUUCCGAGCUGCCUCUGACUCAGAUGGUCGUUGUUGGAUGGAUGCUCUGGAAUUAGCUGUGCGGUGUUCGAGUCUUCUCAAACGCAGCACAGUUAAGGAUGGUGAUCUCAACAACUCAAUGGAUGCAACUCACUCAGGACUGCACAGUCUACUACAAGGCUUCAGUUCCACUCACCAGGGGCACUUCCAUUCAAGCGAUGCUGAAUUUGCAAGCCACGUUCAGUACAAAGAUGUUGACGUGUAUUCUGAUAAAUCGGACCGAGAGCAUGAUCCUCACCACGAUGAGCUGGAAAAUGACACGAUCGACAAGAGCAGCAGGAGUGAGGAAAGUGACACAGACCUGUCUGAAAUCCAGGGGGAGAUGAAUAGGAAGGACUUGCCAGAGACAACUUACUUGGCAGAAGAUUCAGAGGACUUUGGAGAAAUUGGUGAAACCUCUCAGGCUGAAACCGUGACUGAAGAGAACAAGAGUCUGAUGUGGACAGUGUUGAAGCAACUCCGACCGGGAAUGGACCUAUCUCGCGUUGUGUUACCAACGUUUAUCCUGGAACCUCGUUCAUUCCUGGACAAAUUGUCUGACUACUACUACCAUGCUGACCUACUGUCUCAAGCUGCUCUGGAAGAGAAUGCAUACAGUCGCAUGAAACAGGUUCUGCGAUGGUACCUCUCUGGGUUUUACAAGAAACCGAAGGGUCUAAAAAAACCAUACAAUCCUAUUUUGGGAGAGACUUUCCGCUGCUAUUGGUACCAUCCCAAAACUGACAGUCGGACAUUUUAUAUUGCAGAGCAGGUAUCCCAUCACCCCCCCAUCUCUGCCUUUUACAUCAGUAACAGGAAGGACAAUUUCUGUAUCAGUGGCUCCAUCCUGGCUCGCUCCAAGUUUUAUGGGAAUUCAAUGUCUGCCAUAUUGGAUGGGAAAGCACAACUUCAAUUCCUUAAUAGACGUGAGGACUACAUUAUCACCAUGCCAUAUGCACACUGUAAAGGGCUUUUGUAUGGAACGCUAUCCCUAGAGAUGGGAGGGAAGAUAAUGAUUGAGUGUGAAAAAACUCAGUACAGAGCAGAGCUUGAAUUCAAGUUGAAGCCCUUCCUGGGAGGCAGUGAUGCUGUGAACCAGAUCACAGGAAAGAUAAUGUUGGGAGAGGAGAUACACGCCACACUGGAGGGACAUUGGGAUCGGGAUGUGUGUAUUCAUGAAAAAAAUGCUGGAUGUUCUGGUAAAUUCUGGAGUGUCACCAGUGAGAUCCGAAAACAGCGUUUGGUGCGGCAUGUUGUGUGUUUGGAGGAGCAGGACGACUUUGAGUCUGAAAGGCUGUGGCAGCAAGUGACUAAAGCAAUAAAGAACCGUGAUCAGGAACAGGCGACGCUGGAGAAAUUUAUUUUGGAGGAAGCACAACGCAAAGCUGCCAAAGAACGUAAUGAUAAGCAUGAAGACUGGGUGCCACGACUAUUUCAGCAGGAUGUGGUGACAAAGAACUGGCAGUAUAAAUUCACAGAUGCCAGUCCCUGGAAUCCAACAAAUGACAUCGUUCAAUUUGAGAAGGAUGGAAUCAUCCAGACAAAUGUUCAGCACAAAUCAAUAACGAUCAAGUCAACAGAUGCGAUCAGCAACAACAAUCAAAUAAGACAGCAGGUCUCAGUUCAGGAAUAUAUUGGGCGCAAAACGAGUGAUUGCUCAGCACCAAAAGGGUCACAGAACACGGAGAGCAGUUGUUCAACACCAGAACCAGUGCAAGAUGACUCAUCUGAUGAGGGAUUGCUGUGUCCCAGCUGCAAAAAGGGAACGAAUGAGCUCAAAGACAUUCACACGGCCAUCCAAUCCAUACAGAGGACGCAGCAAGAAAUUCAGAGGAACCUUGCUACACUGAAUUGGCAAGCCUGUCACAAACAGAACGCGUCACAGAUCGGAUUCCUGAACCCCUACCACUGGCUGGUCAUCUGUAUACUUGUAUCAUUCCAAUUAAUUGUCAAUUAUUUUUAUAAGUGAGCAAAUGACUCUCUGUUCAACAACCACUUUGAAAGUGUUGAAGACUGUUAACAGGAUCCUAUUGAGAAUGAAUGCAGAAUUUCCAUGGUGUAAAAUGGAUUACCAAGGCAACCAUACAUUAAACAUCUGAGGAGAGGGAUCCCCUUGGGGGUGGAAAAAUUGCUUUAUGUUCAGUUGCAUCCAGAGUGGGAGCUUACCUGUGGUCGUUAUUCUUACGCAGUCACCUCCAAGGACAACCACCCCUAACCUAGGCCUUAAUGCUGAAGCCAAAUAUGACUUUUCCAAUGUGCAAUUUUUUUCCUUCUCCUUUCUUCCAGGUCUUUCUACUCCAACAACAACUUAGAAACUUUCCUCUCAACAGUAUUUAUAAACAGAGUAGAUUGUAAUGUUUGUGGUGUUCAAUUUGUAUACUGUUCUGAAUAUGAAUUUAGACACCAUCCAUGAACGUGACAGACUCCUUGAAUCUGUCCCACCUCUGUAGCAGUCUAUACUCAAAAUGGCUUUGUAGAAUAUCUUUUGCACACUUGUGAAUCUUGCUCUAACUUUAGCACUAAGUACAUUCUCAAGCAGAAAGCUGCAAAGGAUUAUUAUAGGUUUGAAAAGAAAUGCCUCCACGAUGGCAAGAACCUAUAGGCACCACCUGCUACUUUUCUUCUUGUGGGCUCAAUAAAAUUUCACAUCUGUGUAACAUUCUAUGAAUGAAAUGCACAAUAAUGUAAACAGGUGCAAAUAAAUAAAACAACAUUUUUAA